UAGGGCCUUAAAUAUCACGUGACUUUAGAUCGAACUUUAUGGCGUUGGUGUGGCCACGAGGUUUUGGUCUACCUGUACGGAGUGUGAUCGGAAGGAGAUAAAAGGAGAUAGAUAAAAGAAAACUGAUUAGGUGUUAAGUUUUGUUUUUUACGCCGGGUUACAACUUCUUAACUUAACUUCUUUUAGUCAUCGAAAAGUGUUCAUCUCAAAAUUCUAGAUAAUUGUGCUAGAAGUUUGAUAUAAAAAUGCCAUCGAGUAAUCCUUUGCCUCCAAAGGAAAAUGCCUUGUUUAAGCGGAUUUUGAGAUGCUAUGAGCAUAAACAAUACAAAAACGGUUUAAAAUUCGCCAAGCAAAUACUAUCUAAUGCAAAGUUCAGUGAUCAUGGUGAGACAUUAGCAAUGAAAGGUCUUACGUUAAAUUGUUUAGGCAGAAAAGAAGAAGCUUAUGAUCAUGUUCGUCGUGGACUUAGAAAUGAUUUACAGUCACAUGUCUGUUGGCAUGUUUAUGGCCUUUUACAGCGGUCAGAUAAAAAGUACGACGAGGCUAUCAAAUGCUAUCGUAAUGCUCUUAAAUGGGACAAAGACAAUCUGCAGAUUUUAAGAGAUCUUUCGUUGUUGCAAAUACAAAUGCGAGAUCUCGACGGUUACAAAGACACUAGGUAUCAACUAUUCAUGCUUCGACCAACUCAACGAGCAUCGUGGAUUGGAUUCGCCAUAUCAUACCAUCUUUUGCAGGACUAUGAAACAGCUUUGAAAAUACUCGAUACUUUUAGAGAUUCACCCAUGAUUUGCUAUGAUUACGAAACGAGCGAACUUUUAUUAUACCAAAAUUUAGUCAUUCAAGAAUCAGGAGAUUAUGAACAAGCCCUAAAUCAUCUUGAUAAUUAUCGUGAUAAAAUUGUCGAUAAAAUAACUGUCCAAGAAACUUACGGAAAGUUACGUCUCGUAUUAGGUCAAUAUGGUGAAGCUGUUCAGGUUUAUAAAGAUCUUUUAAGCAUUAAUCCUGAAAAUACAACGUAUUAUACGAAACUUGCGGAAGCUGAGAGACACGAAAGUUCUGAAGAAACUCUUGAAAUGUUACAAAGAUACGAAGAACUUUUUCCACGUGCUUUGGCUCCACGUCGAUUACAAUUGAAUUAUGCCUCUGGUGAAAAAUUUGAGAAAUUAAUUGACCAAUAUUUACGAAGAGGUUUACACAAAGGAGUGCCUCCACUGUUCGUCAAUUUACGUUCAUUAUACACGGAUCAGCAAAAAGUCGAUAUAAUACAAUCACUUAUCAUCGAAUACAAAAAUGCACUGGAAAGUCACGGCCACUUCAGUGAUAUUGACAAAGAAAUACCUCGAGAACCAGCAUCAGCGUUGCUCUGGACUUAUUAUUAUUUGGCUCAACAUUUUGAUUAUCUUGGAAUGACUGAAAAAGCUUUAACUGAGAUUGAUGCUGCUUUAGCACACACACCGACUCUCAUAGAGCUUUUUGUUACCAAAGGUCGUAUUUAUAAACAUGGUGGUAAUCCCCAAGAUGCAUUUAAGUGGCUUGAUGAGGCACAGGGACUUGAUACUGCUGAUCGUUAUAUUAAUUCAAAAUGUGCCAAGUACAUGCUUCGAGCAAAUUUAAUUAAAGAAGCUGAAGAGACAUGUGGUAAAUUCACGAGAGAAGGUGUACCUGCUAUGGAAAGUUUGAAUGAAAUGCAGUGUAUGUGGAUACAAACCGAAGCUGCAAACGCUUAUCAACGUCUUGGGAAGUAUGGUGAAGCAUUGAAAAAAUGCCACGAAGUUGACCGACACUUUUCUGAAAUUAUUGAAGAUCAGUUUGAUUUCCAUACGUAUUGUAUGAGAAAAAUGACUCUUCGCUCAUAUGUUGGAUUACUACGGUUAGAAGACAUACUUCGCUCUCAUCCAUUUUACUUCAAAGCAGCUAAAUGUGCAAUGGAGGUUUAUCUAAGACUUUACGAUAAUCCCCUUCCUGAUCCAACUGAAAUUCAAGAAAUCGAUACCGAAAAUCUUGCACCAUCAGAGCUGAAAAAAAUGAGAAAUAAGCAGCGAAAACAACGAAGAAAGGCUGAACUUGAAAAGCAACAAGCAGCACAAGCUCAAGAAAAGCGAGAACAACAUAACAAGUCGCGGCAACAAGCCGAUCCAGACUUCGAACAACCAACCCUGGAUGAACUGAUUCCAGAAAAACUAGAAAGGGUGGAGGACCCGCUCGAACAAGCAACUAAAUUUUUGCAACCCUUGCAAAAUUUAGCAGCCCAUCAAAUCGAAACUCAUUUGAUAGCAUUCGAAAUUUACAUCCGUAAAGGACGAACUCUUUUGAUGCUUCAAUCGAUAAAACGUGCACAUCGUUUGGAAUCGAAUCAUCCAGACCUCCAUUCAUGCAUUGUACGUUUUCUUCGCCAUAUUGCAACAACUCAUUUGGAAGGUCCAGUAGCCGAAGUUGUUCAACGACAAACAAAAGAAAUAUACUCAGUUCCUGAUCCAGUAAAGUUCAAUGAGGCAUUCUUGGCAAAGAACAGCAAAUCACUUGCUCAUCUUCUUCAAGCCGGACGAAUGCUCUAUCUUCUUGAUUCUUCAGCUCAAGUGGAAGCGCUAUCACUUGUAACUUGCUUUGAUAAUCUUAAUGGGGUGACACUAUCAAAUUGUACAAAAGUUUUCGAAGCAUUACGCAACAAUGAUUUUGGCACGUGUGACGUAGUAACAAAUGAAUAUAUGAGAAACUGUCAAGUCCGUUUCCCGUAUGCAACUGCUUUUAGACCACUUGAGCUCAUUACCAAUCAUCAGGAUAAAGAAAAUUCAGCUAAAAACUGAUUUGCCGCCAACCAUCCAUAAAACACCAAUAACACAACCAAAAUUUUAUAAGGAGACAAAAAAAAAUGAGCAGAAUAUACUGCUCACUACAAAGUUUUUCAAAAUUAUUGAGAAAUAAAGCCAAGUUAUUCAGAAUAGUAACCAACACAAUUUUAAAAACUCGAAAAAUGGAUAAAAAUAAGAUUAUAAUUAAGACGAGAAUAAAGAGCAUCUGGAUAAAGUUUAACUCAAUUUUUAAAUGGAUUCGUAAAACGUUUUUGCAAAGGGUGAAACAAUGUUAAUUUUAAGCUGCUAAAACUGAGAAAAAAGUUUUAAAUUCGAUUAAAAGUAGGGAUGAAAAUUAAAAAAAAAAAAAAUCUAAGUAACAAUCACCAGAAUUUUUUAAUGCAUUAUCCAGAGUGCGCAAUAUUCCGUAUCCUUGUAUGAAAAAAAAAAAAAUCAUAUGCACCCCUGACAAAGUGUUGCAAAUACUCUGUUCAGUCUUAAUAUACUUAUUUCAUAGUUGGUUCAUUUUAAGUUUUUUGGUGAUUGAUUAGAAGUUUUUGAUCUUAUUUAAAAUUGUUAAAAAAAAUUACAAGUUACAAAACUGAUCGGGUUGGUGUCACUUAGAAUUUUCUUUUUUUAUAAAACCAUAAUUAUCCUAUUUUUUUUUUUUUUUUUGAAAACCAUAAUUGUGUGGGUUACUAAAUAUUAUGAACGUUUAAUAUUUCUUUCACGCAACUUGAAGCGACAAAUGAACAUCAUUCGAG